AUGGCCCUGGACGAGCGCGAGCCAGCAAAUACCAUCAUUGAUCCCCCAGCUACGAGAGGGCGCGAUGUGUGCUUCCAGGUGGACUCUUUGUCUGCAUUGCGACGGCGAGCAGCAUCUCAACAACGAGCCACAGCAGCGCAAAGGGCCUUGGUAGCACCCAGCACCAUCGUCUUAUGGCGACGACACGGUGGAGGAAGAGACAGCAACAACGCGAUCACCUGUCGCGCCUGCAGUGUGAACGAGUGGUCUCGGUCAUGCGAAAGCACCACAAUGGCAUCAGCACCACGCCAGUCUCGAUACCAUCGCACUCAAGUCGCCGAACAGCCACCAUCUUCUAACCGCGACGACGCGUCGCGCCAUCAUCGAAAAGACGAGCGCACGGUGACAGAGGUCAUACCUGAGGUCUCCAGGAGUACGUUUGACAAACAACGAGCGCCUUACGCCUCUGGCAGCUGGUCAUCCAUCAAAGCCUCUCUUGCCGCCGGAAGCGCGCGUACAAGGCUGGUUGACGCCAUGAAGGGAACAGUCAGCGGCAGACAAGUGAUAGCCUGCAGCACGGUUCACAUCUCCAUACUGAUCAAGGAGUCAUUGAGAGCGAUGUCGACCCCUGAUCAGUCGAAACUGAAGAGCUGGCAGCCGCGGACACUUGGACCCAUUCCUGCUCCAAAGACAAACCACCAACUGGUCCCCAUUGGUGCCGUGGCCAGACGAGGCGUGUGCAACAUAGGGCAUCAGAGCAGUUCGUCGAAUGCUUGCGAGCCCUCCGCGAUCGUCAAUGUGGUCACAACUUCCGAGACGCGUCACAGCUGA